AUGGUAAGGACCCGAGCCUCCUGCCAACAGCCAUGUGAGAGAACCGUCUUCAAAACAGAUUCUCCAGCCUCAGACGUUCUUCUCAUCUCAGAUGAUCACAAGCGGAAAACCUUUCCGGAAGGUGAGUUCCAGAGCUGGGCAGGUUCUCCUCCUACACCUCGGGCCCUGCUGAACUCUGACCCCCUCCGGAUGCUAACAGCAGCCCUGCAAGGGGCUCAGCCCCACAGGGAAGAGUCCCCCAGCCAGGCUCCUCCACUGCCUCCUAAGAAACUGCAGAUGCAGAUAGCAGACAUUCUUUUCAUCUCAGAUGAUGAUAAGCGGAAAACCUUUCCAGAAGGCACCAUGAGAGGUCCCAUCCUCCCAGUGGGAAGAAUAGAGGAACCCACUGGCCAAGAUUUCAAGCACUUACAAAAGGAGGUUUCCAGGGAAAUGGAGGCAAUGGCCCAGCUCCCAAAGGACAUUCAGGAUGCUAUUCUCCAUAUCCUGGCCAGGCUCAAGGACCAAGAGGCUCUGCAGGACCUCAUGGACAUGUUGGAUCGGGGCCCCCUGGAUCGUCUGGACAGCUUUGGUGGCACCUUCCUAAGUGAGAUGCAAGAGAACUCAAGAAAUCUAUGGCUCACGUUAAGACUGCACAUCAUUUACCUCCUUAAAGCCAUAUUGGUGCUGAGUGGCACCCAACAUGAGCUACAGGCCUGGUCCAUGGAGAAGAGGAUCCUGCUCCAGCAGCGGGAGCUGGUGAAGAGCAUCCUGGAGCCCAACUUCAAGUACCCUUGGAACAUCCCCUUCACCCUGGACCCCAAGCUCCUCAUCCCACUGCAGGAAGAGGGGGUGGCCGUCACCUUCAGCCUGCUGGAGGAGUGCAGCCUGAGGGUGGCUCCCGACAGCCCCAAGGGGACCUGGGACCUGGAGGCCGAGAAGCCCUUGUUCGCCCUGUACGGGUCCCUCUCAGCACUGCAGCAGCUGGCCGAGGCCUGA